GAAUUGCAGAGGGAUAAACAGAGCAACAAUGGCGGCUUCAGCGAUGUUGGUAGACCCUAAAUCAACCAUGGAACCCCCUCCUUCAUUCCCCUCCACCGGAUCAGAUCCUACUCGCUCCUUCAAUGACGCAACUUCCGACGAGGAUGAUCUCUAUAGCCGUCUCAAAUCCCUACAGCGACAGCUCGAAUUCAUCGACAUCCAGGAAGAGUACGUUAAGGACGAGCAGAAGAACCUCAAGAGGGAGCUACUUCGGGCUCAGGAGGAGGUCAAGCGGAUCCAAUCGGUGCCUCUUGUCAUCGGCCAGUUUAUGGAGAUGGUUGACCAGAACAACGGCAUAGUUGGCUCCACUACUGGCUCCAAUUACUAUGUCAGGAUUUUGAGCACCAUCAAUCGUGAGCUCCUCAAACCGUCUGCAUCUGUUGCUUUGCACAGACAUUCCAAUGCUCUUGUGGAUGUGUUGCCUCCAGAGGCUGAUUCCAGCAUCUCUCUGCUUAGCCAGUCUGAGAAGCCCGAUGUUACUUACAACGAUAUUGGAGGAUGUGACAUUCAAAAGCAGGAAAUUCGUGAGGCAGUGGAGUUACCACUUACUCACCAUGAGCUGUACAAACAGAUUGGAAUAGACCCUCCUCGAGGCGUUUUACUCUAUGGUCCCCCAGGCACAGGGAAAACCAUGCUGGCUAAGGCUGUUGCAAAUCAUACAACCGCUGCCUUCAUUAGAGUUGUUGGCUCUGAAUUUGUUCAGAAGUACUUAGGUGAGGGCCCGAGGAUGGUUCGAGAUGUUUUUCGUCUUGCCAAAGAGAAUGCCCCUGCUAUCAUCUUUAUUGACGAGGUAGAUGCCAUUGCCACUGCUAGAUUUGAUGCCCAAACUGGAGCAGAUAGGGAAGUUCAGCGAAUUCUUAUGGAACUAUUAAAUCAGAUGGAUGGAUUUGAUCAGACAGUGAAUGUUAAGGUCAUAAUGGCAACCAAUCGAGCAGAUACUUUGGACCCUGCCCUUCUCCGUCCUGGAAGGCUUGACAGGAAGAUUGAAUUCCCUUUGCCUGAUAGAAGGCAAAAAAGGCUUGUUUUUCAGGUCUGCACUUCUAAAAUGAACCUAAGUGAUGAAGUGGAUUUGGAGGAUUAUGUUUCACGACCUGAUAAAAUUAGUGCUGCUGAGGUUAGUCACUGACUUAUAUUACAGCUGGCUUUUCUGGUAGUUGAAUUAGAGUUACCUUUUGUGGUGUUAUUUAUAAUCUGUAGGACAUUGUUAUGAAAAGAGUUGAAGAAUCUAGGAAAACAAGAGAAUUAAUUUGUAUCAUACUC